ACUUCAUGGUUGUGGCUUACUUCUCACAAGUCAGGUGCCACAAUUAGAGGAGAGACGAAGUGCGCCCUCCAGCGUUUCUUCGGCAGGCCACGAAUGCUCCGUCUUUACAGUACUUCUUCAUGACAGACGGGGAGGGGAAGCGGGGAACUGUAAGCUCCGGAUCCAUCUUAGCUAAAUAGCAAAUAGGAGAGAGAAACCACGGCCCAGUUUUAUCCAUCAAGAGCUGCAUUUUUCCACGCAAUCCGUACUGGGGAGCCCGAGGAGGGGGCUGUGUCAUUGUCUGUAGGAUGUCCCGACAUGAAGGUGUGAGCUGUGAUGCGUGUUUAAAAGGGAACUUCAGAGGACGGCGGUACAAGUGUCUUAUCUGCUACGACUACGACCUGUGCGCCUCGUGCUACGAGAGCGGAGCCACCACCACCAGACACACAACAGAGCACCCCAUGCAGUGUAUACUAACAAGGGUAGACUUUGACCUUUACUAUGGCGGCGAGGCGUUCUCAGUAGAGCAGCCCCAGUCUUUCACCUGUCCUUACUGUGGGAAGAUGGGCUACACAGAGACCUCCCUACAGGAGCACGUCACCUCAGAACACGCAGAGACUUCUACAGAGGUGAUCUGUCCCAUAUGUGCUGCCUUGCCGGGAGGAGAUCCCAACCAUGUGACAGACGACUUUGCUGCUCAUCUCACACUUGAACACAGAGCUCCCAGAGAUUUAGACGAGUCCAGCGGCGUCCGGCAUGUGCGCCGGAUGUUCCACCCCGGGCGGGGCCUGGGGGGGCCCCGGGCACGCAGGACCAACAUGCACUUUACCAGCAGCUCCACGGGGGGGCUGUCCUCCUCACAGAGCUCCUCCUACUCCCCCAGCAACAGAGAAGCCAUGGACCCCAUCGCUGAGUUAUUGUCUCAGCUGUCAGGCGUGCGUCGCUCGGCGGGGGGGCAGCUCAACUCUUCGGGCCCGUCUGCGUCGCAGCUGCAGCAGCUCCAGAUGCAGCUGCAGCUGGAGCGGCAGCAGGCCCAGGCGGCUCGCCAGCAGCUGGAGACGGCGCGGAACGCCACGCGGCGCAGCAACCCCGGCAACAUGAGCGCCUCCAUCCCCCCGCCGAGCGCCGCCUCCAACGCCGGCGGCGCCGCCGCCGACAGCAACCCCUCCUCCUCCCACAGCUCCCAGUUCCUCCUCUCACGGUUGAAUGAGCCCAAGAUGUCGGAGUCAGAGCGCCAGGCCCUGGAGGGCGAGCGUGCCGACCGGAGCCUGUUUGUCCAGGAGCUCCUCCUCUCCACACUGAUGAGGGAGGAGAGCUCCUCCUCCGACGAGGACGAGCGGCGAGAUUUCGCAAGCUUCGGGGCCAUGGGCUGUGUGGAUAUCAUGCCUUUAGACGUGGCCCUGGAGAACCUGAACCUACAGGAGAGCUCCACAGGGAAGGAGCCUCCGCCGCCUCCUCUUUGAUGACGCCCCGGCCGCUCAUAGACUGUGUCCUCUGUGCUGUCACUGCCAGUGACGGUUGGGCGAGGCUGGACGAGGCAGGGCGAGGCAGGGCGACAGGCAGGCAGGCAGGCAGGCAGCCGUGGCUGUUUUUUGUUUUGUUUUUUUUUUUAGUUUUUUUUUUCUGGUGAUUGUAAUUUCAGGUCUGUCACCUUUGUUACAUUGUGUACAACAACGACAACAACAACCUUUAAGGAGAGAGCAACUGGGGGAAAAGUGCAAAAGUUGAGUGCCGUGCGUAAAAAAAAAGAAAAAGCGAGCGAGUGAGAACUGAGCGAGUGAGAGAAGAUGAAAUAUAUAUAUAAAUAUAUAUAAAGUUGAUAAUCAAAUUCCACAUAACUAAUUUUUGUUUUUCCUUUAGCCAGGCGAGCAUAGGUUGCUGUGUCUGACCUAAGCUGUGUCUGUUUAUAAAUACUCCACAUUCAAUCCUGAAGAGGAGCCCAGCUCCACCGAUGAAGCUGCUGUGUGUAUUUCUGACUAUUAACUAAUAAAAAGUGCUUGGAUGGUUA